AGCUGUCAUGCAACCAGAGUAACCUGUGACAUUCAUGUCACGCCAACACUUUGAUAUAAAAGAAACAUUUCACUGCCAUUGUUUUAGUUAGCACAACCUCUUUAGCCAAAUCAGAAAGAUGGAGGGAGAACUGAAGCAGAAGCUGCUGAAGAGUGCAUUAGAAGAAGAAGAGGAGGAACUAACACUAGUGAAGAGGGUGUGGAACGAGAGCAAGGUGAUGUGGGUGGUGGCAGCACCAGGCAUUUUCAGUAGAUUCUCCACCUUUGGUCUCAAUGUUAUAAGCCAAGCAUUUAUUGGUCAUAUUGGUUCAAGGGAACUCGCUGGCUUUGCUCUUGUCUUCACUGUUCUCGUUAGGUUCGCCAAUGGUAUUCUGUUGGGAAUGGCUAGUGCACUGUCAACACUUUGCGGACAAGCAUACGGUGCUAAAGAAUAUGGCAUGAUGGGAGUGUAUCUUCAAAAAUCAUGGAUAGUUUUGUUCUUAACUGCAACCUGUCUUCUUCCGCUAUUCAUCUUCACAAGUCCAAUUUUGAUGUUGUUAGGCCAAGAUGAAAGUAUAGCACAAAUGGCAGGAAUCAUUUCUAGUUGGUCAAUUCCUAUUUUAUUUGCUUUUAUUGUCUCGUUCACUUGCCAGAUGUUUCUGCAAUCUCAAAGCAAGAAUACCAUCAUUGCAUUCUUGGCCGGUUUCUCAAUAAUUAUUCAUUUGUUCCUCUCUUGGCUAUUGACAAUAAAAUUCAAGUUCGAAAUUGCUGGUGCAAUGACUUCAAUGAGUUUGGCAUUCUGGAUUCCUAAUAUUGGUCAACUAAUUUUUAUUACAUGUGGUUGGUGCUCUGAUACAUGGAAAGGUUUCUCAUUUUUAGCGUUCAAAGAUCUUUGGCCUGUUGUCAAGCUUUCCCUUUCAUCUGGUGUCAUGUUAUGUCUUGAGCUCUGGUACAACACAAUAUUGGUUCUUUUAACGGGCAACAUGAAAAAUGCAGAGGUCCAAAUUGAUGCUUUAUCUAUAUGCCUCAACAUCAAUGGAUGGGAAAUGAUGAUAUCACUUGGUUUCAUGGCUGCUGUGAGUGUUCGAGUGGCAAAUGAGCUUGGAAAAGGAAGCUCCAAAGCUGCAAAAUUCUCGAUAGUUGUGACAGUGCUUACAUCUUUUGCAAUUGGAUUCGUUCUCUUCUUAUUUUUCUUAUUUUUUAGAGAAAGACUUGCUUACAUAUUUACCUCAAAUAAAGAUGUCGCUAAUGCUGUUGGAGAUUUGUCACCUUUGUUGGCAAUUUCUAUUCUACUAAAUAGUGUCCAACCUGUACUCUCAGGAGUUGCUAUUGGAGCAGGGUGGCAAAGCAUUGUAGCAUAUGUGAACAUAGGGUGUUAUUACAUCAUAGGUAUCCCUGUAGGAGUUGUGCUUGGUAAUGUUUUCCAUUUGCAAGUCAAGGGUAUAUGGAUCGGAAUGUUGUUUGGAACAUUUAUUCAAACUUUGAUGCUAAUUAUAAUCACCUACAAAACUAAUUGGGAUGAGCAGGUAACUAUAGCUCGUAAUCGUAUUAAUAAGUGGUCGAAAGUGGACCCUGAUCAUGAAACAAUUACCUCAGAUAAUUAGUUUCAUGGUCCUUCGAGAUUUAUUUCUUUAAAUUCAAAAUUAGUAAAUCUAACUGCGGAUUUAUUAAUUUAUUGUAAUAUUUUGUCUGGUGUUAGUGUUAUAUAUACAUCCAAAUCAACUAUCAAUUUAUAUAUUAUAAAUAGAAGUUUUUGUCAUGU